AUGGUUCUGGGCCAAGCUGUCAACAUGAGUUUGAUGGACAUUUCUAAGAUCUUCUCCCUGCUGCAGCCUAAGGAGGAGGAUGAGGACAAUGAGCAGUGUCAGGCUUUGAACCGGGCAGUAAGCAGCGAUGACGCGGCUCUGCUUUCUGAGCUUCUGUCUCAGGAGAAUUAUAGGAGGUAUAUCAACACUCGCAGUGGAUGGGGGAUCCCAGUAACCCCCCUUCGCACCGCCGCUGCCCUGGGACAUCUGAGGUGCCUGGAGUUGUUGCUGGAGCACGGAGCAGAGAUAGACUGCCUGGAUGUGAAGGCCCAGACCCCUCUGUUCACAGCAGUCAGCGGGAAGCAUCUGGACUGUGUUGUAGCUCUGCUGAAGGCUGGAGCUGAUCCUAAUGGCAGCCAGUACAACAACUGCUCCCCGGUGCUGACUGCUGCGAGGGAGGGAGACGUGGAUGUGCUUCUGGAGCUGCUGCGCUUUGGAGCUGAGGUGGACGUCAGGCCCAAAGUACCGGACUGGGCCUCGAAUGCCACGGCCUGCAGGGGGCCUCUGUAUAUCUCUGCUGUGUAUGGACACCUGGACUGCUUUAAACUGCUGCUUCUCCACGGGGCCAACCCCAACUACAACUGCACGGAUGAGAAGAUGCUGGCGAGGAUAAAGCAGCCCAAGACAGUGCUGGAGAUGUGUCUCCGUUAUGGCUGCGGGGUGGAGUACAUCCAGCUUCUCAUAGACUUUGGGGCGGAUGUGUAUCUGCCUACCCUGAUCAUCGACAAGACCACAAAGCAGAAUGAAGCUGUGGUUCUGCUGCUCAAGGAGAGAGUUUGCCCCAAAACACUGAUGUCACAGACUCGGCUGGCAAUUCGAAGAUACCUCUCCUUCACCAAUAAGGAGCCUGCCAUCGACAGUUUGGACAUUCCUCUAAUCCUGAAGAACUACCUGAAGCAUGUCACCUCUGAACUCACAAAAUAA